AUGAGGUCGGGAGAUGACGAGGGGAGGAGGGAGAGUCGAGGGUCCCGAGGAAAGCCCAGCGUUUUUCUGCUGGGCUUUGGCUCCCGCUUGCUCCUCCUCUCCACCAAUCAGCUUCCACCGCUGAUUCGCGGUCCUGCAAUGAUCUACCGCUUCCUUUUUGUCUACCUUUCUUCUUUCCUGCUUCUUACACCUUCAAAUAUUCACACCUUUCCCCCCCUCCACUGA